AGAUUACCAGACGGCGGGCCAGGAAAGUUUGCUGCGCCUGUGAGUUGGUGGCGGCGCUGCCGGAUCUAGCCGGGCUUUCUCCUCUUCGCCGAGCCGCAUUGUUUGCAAACUUUGUUUUCGCUUGCCAGUUGGCGUGCUUGGCGCCCCCCCCCUCCUUCUCCCCCCCUCCCCCAGCCCGGGCAAACUCAGAGUACUCUUCGGGCAGACGCGGCAGAGGCAACUCUGAUCCGCGCUCGGGGCUCUGCUCCGCGCGGCGCGGCGCUGCGGGCGGACAGCUCGCUUGCCCUGCCCCAGGCGGGCAUGGGCUGCGGCCGGGGCUGGGUCAGGAGCCGAGGGGUGCAGCGGGCAUCUGCUGCAGCCCGGCUCCGGGCGGUCAGGCUCUGAUGCGGCGCGGCAAGCGGACUGCCUGAGUCUGCCCGGACGGGGCUCCGCGGUCGGCCGUGUAGCCUUGUUGGACCGGCGGGCUCCAGUGCCGCUGCCUCUGCCGCUGUUCCUCUCCCUGCUCCCCGCCCGGGACCCGACGCCGCCAUGAGCCGCCUGGGUUCCCGCCUCUGGCUUGUGCUGCAGGUGGUGGGGGCGUGCGCGGCCAUCAGCUCCAUGGACAUCGACCGGCCAGGCGAGGGCAAGUGCCAGCCCAUCGAGAUUCCCAUGUGCAAAGACAUCGGCUACAACAUGACCCGCAUGCCCAACCUCAUGGGCCACGAGAACCAGCGUGAGGCGGCCAUCCAGCUACACGAGUUCGCCCCGUUGGUGGAGUACGGCUGCCACGGCCACCUCCGCUUCUUCCUGUGCUCCCUCUAUGCGCCCAUGUGCACCGAGCAAGUCUCCACCCCCAUCCCCGCCUGCCGGGUCAUGUGCGAGCAGGCCCGGCUCAAGUGCUCCCCCAUUAUGGAGCAGUUCAACUUCAAGUGGCCUGACUCGUUGGACUGCAGCAAACUACCCAACAAGAAUGAUCCCAAUUAUCUCUGCAUGGAGGCCCCCAACAACGGCUCCGACGAGCCAGCCCGAGGAUCCAGCAUGUUCCCACCUCUCUUCCGGCCCCAGCGGCCCCCCAGCCCCCCGGAGCAGCAGCAGCCUAAGGACAGCCUGGGCCGCUCCGGCUGCAGCAACCCGGGCAAGUUCCACCACGUGGAGAAGAGCUCAUCCUGCGCGCCCCUCUGCACGCCUGGAGUGGACGUGUACUGGAGCCGGGCAGACAAGCAGUUCGCCGUGGUGUGGUUGGCCAUCUGGGCAGUGCUCUGCUUUUUCUCCAGCGCCUUCACGGUGCUCACCUUCCUCGUCGACCCUCCCCGAUUCAGGUACCCAGAGCGCCCCAUCAUCUUCCUCUCUAUGUGCUACUGCGUCUACUCCGUGGGCUACCUCAUCCGCCUCUUUGCCGGGGCGGAGAACAUCGCCUGCGACAGGGACAGCGGCCAGCUCUACGUCAUCCAGGAAGGGUUGGAGAGCACCGGCUGCACCAUCGUCUUCUUGGUCCUCUACUACUUUGGCAUGGCCAGCUCACUCUGGUGGGUCAUCCUCACUCUUACCUGGUUCCUGGCCGCAGGGAAGAAAUGGGGCCACGAGGCCAUCGAGGCCAAUAGCAGCUACUUCCACCUUGCUGCCUGGGCCAUCCCUGCGGUCAAGACCAUCAUGAUCCUGGUGAUGCGGAGGGUGGCCGGAGACGAGCUGACAGGAGUGUGCUAUGUGGGCAGCAUGGACGUGAAUGCGCUCACCGGCUUUGUCCUGGUCCCCUUGGCCUGCUACCUCAUCAUCGGCACCUCCUUCAUCCUCUCGGGCUUCGUGGCCCUUUUUCACAUCCGGAGAGUGAUGAAAACAGGAGGUGAGAACACAGACAAGCUGGAGAAGCUCAUGGUCCGCAUCGGGGUCUUCUCCGUGCUGUACACGGUGCCGGCCACCUGCGUGAUCGCCUGCUAUUUCUACGAGCGCCUCAACAUGGAUUACUGGAAGGUGCUCGCAGCCCAACACAAAUGCAGAGUGAACAACCAGACUAAAGCUCCGGACUGCCUGAUGAGCAGCUCUAUCCCCGCGGUGGAGAUCUUCAUGGUCAAAAUGUUCAUGCUGCUGGUGGUAGGCAUCACCAGCGGAGUGUGGAUCUGGACUUCCAAGACCCUGCAGUCUUGGCAGAAUGUGUGCAGCCGGAGCCUGAAGAAGAGGAGCCGAAGGAAACCUACUACAGUGAUCACGGCCGGCGGCAUCUACAAGAAAGCCCAGCACCCCCAGAAAGGUCAUCAUGGGAAGUACGAAGCGGCCGCGCAACCACCCACCUGCGUGUGAAAGGGGAGCGGGAGGGCGGGGUGGCGGAGACUGAGGGUACCAAACGGCUAAAGAAAACUGUUUUCCCCUAAAAAAAGACUUGUACAGGACUCCAGGGAAAGGGCGAGGGAACUAAGCCCUGGUGCUUUUCUCAGACGAUAAUGGGGUGGAGGGGGGAGCGGGGGAGAGACUUGUAAGUUUUAAGAAAAAAUGAUUACCCUGAAAUUCAGGAUAUUGCCGUACACUUCAAGUUAAAUGUACUUAAGAAUUAUGGGAAACAAAUAUUGUCAGUUAAAUGGCCUCUUCAGUUACCAAUUUGAAGUAACUUGUGGGGGGAAUAUGUGUGUUAUAUAUACAUAUUAUAUGGGUAUAUACAGCUAUACAUAUGUAUAAUAUGUAUAUAUAAUGCACAUCUGCAUUAAACCCGAAUGGGCUUUCCUUAUACCGUAGCCAAUAGCAAAGGAAGAGAAAACUUCUGUGAAUAGCAAAGAAAUCUAUCCCAAAUCUCUCCCUAUGCCUCCCCCAACUCCCCCAACUUCUUUUCUCGGUAAGCAAGUCACCAUUCCAGAGGCCCUCCCUCAGGUCAUGGCCCUCACCACUUGAGAAAGCAACUUCUGAAGCAACCUAAGCAAAGAAAUUCCCUUUUUAACAACUCUCCACAAACUAGAAAGAACUAAAAAAUCGAUAGGGUCCACAGCCUCCGCAAAACUUUUUCCCUAAAACUGAAACUUGCUCUACUAAGAAAAACCCCAAACAAAACCGCAAACUUCUGGGCAGCAUACACACGCAAACUAUGUGCAAUACAUUUUUUUUCUCCCACCAUGAAAUAAGAAAAAAGAAACAAGUAUUUUGCUGUACAUAAAGACCACAAAAGAAACCUCUUAACAAAAGAACUGAGAAGUCUGGCCCUCCGAAACCCUUUAGCGUUACAUUUUGUGGCUUUUUAAUGGAAAUCAAGCCAAUGUUAUACAAGUUUGGACUGAUUUGUGGAAAAAAAGAGAGAGGAGAGAGAGGGAUCAUUCUAAGGUACCCAAAGGGCUUAUUGACUCUUUCAUUGUUAAACAAAUUCUUGCCAUGAAUAGAUACCGAAGCACUAGUGGUGCAAAGGGAAAAUUUUGUAUAUUGUGAUGCUCUUAGCUGUGCUGAAAAAGCCCAGUUUCUUAGUUGUAUAUAUUUGUAACAUAUGAUUAUUUUUCAUGCUCCACUAUUUUAUUAAAAAAAAAUAAAAUAUGUUCUUUAGUUUGCCGAUA